GUUGAGGAGUGAAUAAGAAAAACACUCGCUAUGUCUCCAACCACAGCUGUACAGCGGGGGCUUGAUGUAAUUGUCAGGAGCCUUCCUGAAAACAUACGGAAAACUCUACUUCUUCCCCUGCUCGCCAAAUCCUUAGCCGCACUAUUGGGUUACAUUACACUGCGCCAAGUAAACAGAACCCUGAAUGCAUGGUCACUGAACAGCCUAGUGAGCCGGCCGUGGCAGAAUGACCGAGAACUUGUCUUAGUCACGGGGGGGUGCAGCGGCAUUGGGAAAGCAGUGAUGGAGGAGCUUUCUCAGCAUGGCGCUAAAGUUAUUAUCCUGGAUAUCCAGCAGCCGUCCUUUGAGCUUCCCCCCAAUGUCUUCUUCUAUGAGACUGACAUCACUUCAACUGCUGCCCUACAUGAAACAGCCGAUGAGAUUCGCGCUAUACAUGGGCACCCAACAGUCCUUGUCAACAAUGCCGGCGUAUUGCAUUUUACUCCUAUCCUCGACCAAACAGAAGUCACUGUUCGCCAGACCUUUGAGGUCAAUACCAUGGCCCAUUACUGGACGGUGAAGGAGUUCCUCCCGGCGAUGAUCGAGCGCAACCACGGCCAUGUAGUCACCCUGGCUAGUAUGGCCAGCUUUCUGAGUGUGGGUAACAUGGCCAGCUACGCCUGCUCAAAAGCAAGUGCGCUAGCUUUUCAUGAAGCCAUAGGCCAAGAACUAAAAUUUUGGUACAAUGCCGAUGGGGUGAAAACGAGUGUGUUCCAUCCAUUGUAUGUGGGGACCCCCAUGAUCAAGCCCCUGACCAAGGGCGGAACUCGCUUUAAACGCCCUGUACUGGCAGUGGAAACAGUGAGCCAUGCAAUCAGCCAACAGAUCCUGUCCGGGAAGAGUGGCCAAAUAAUUCUACCGGGCAAGCUUUGGUGGCUGAGUUUGCUGCGGGGAUUUCCUACCUGGCUGCAGGAGUCGAUAAGGGGCAGCAGCUCGCAGGUUGCGAAGAGGCUCGGAGAUAGCAGUAGAGCGUGAAUCGUCCGUCCAUAGACUACUCGGGUUAGCCUGCUUGAGUACCGCAGAUGUAUCCAAAUUCGAACGCUAGUACACGGCAGUAGUCAAGAUAGGAACUCUCGAUCUCGGCCUGCCGGCGGGUAUGUAUGCCGCAGUGAGUUUCCACCUAUCCAAGCUAUGGAAGUGGAAGUGUUCUACAAAGAAGGUUGAAGACGGAAAGUAAACCCCACAGCAAUUGGAUUUGAAUCGUGUAGAGAUGCACUUAGCCCGAAUUCUUGGUCCUCUUCAGCUUGGUUCCGAUUGUUCGGGUCCUAAGAUGAUACGAGUCAAAGAAUAGCCCUUUUGGUACUUCGUGAAAUUAAAGGUACCCACUCUCCACUUCGCAUUCUCAGCCGGUCACGACUGC